AUGGUAAAAGCUCGUUUACAGAAAUCAAAUCUUUUUUUAUGGAAAUCAAAUAAAAAAUUAGAUGAUUGCAUAGCAACAACAUUACAAGAUAUUCGCAACAUUAUUGAAAUAAAUUAUGGUAAGAAAUAUGAACCAGAUGACGUUGCAUCAAUUUUAGACCUACUAAGAUGUGAUGAACAAGAAGGAAAACAAACUGGUUUAUUUCCAUCGAAAAAUAUAAAUAAAUUAAUAAAUAGUUAUGUCAACGAUAUUCGAUUUAUGACUUGUGCGUCAUUAUAUCCGAUUAAACCUUUUACUAGUGUCUGUUUAAAUUGUGGUAAUAAAUUAAAUCUCUAA